AUGAUCCAGCGUGGUGAAAUUACCCCUAGAAGUACAUUGAAGAAAACACGGAGUGGAUUGGAGAAGGUAAUGGCAGAGAAGAUUCUCUUGGAGCAGGACAUGGGGUAUCGUAAAGCAGCGGAGGCGUUGGAUCGUGAGGCACGCAGUAAGAAGCGGGAGAGGUAUCCGCUGGGCCAUCUCUUCAGUCUGCAGUAUAGGGAGGAUCAUGCAGCAGAGCUAAAUGAGCGUCGGGCAGUGGAGGUGGAACGUAGGGAGGAGCGGAAGCAUACAGGGGGAAAGAAACGGGGGAAGGGAAAAGACACAUGUAGGGAGGUUCAGCCGAUGGAAAACACACAGGGUGAGAGUUCUUCCUUGUCAGGAUAA